UGCAUUGGCGGUUCUUUACCGUGAUGUGCAGUGACAGUGUCCUUUUGAAUACCGAUCGUUUAGACGCGAGCAGGAAGGCUGCUGUUUUCAAGUUUAGAUUUCAAAUUCGAACAAGUAGGUGGACUUAGGCGAGCUUUCAAAAUGCUCGCUAAUGUUCUUGGCUUGUUAAAGAUCCUUUGGGAAAUGUGCGCCUCUAAUAUGCUUCCUGGAGAUUGCUUUCACGGAAGGUCAGAUUUAUUCACAAGUGUUUAUUGAUGGUGUUAAGAACCUCCAAGUUCGGAGGCAGGAUACCACGAAAUACUGUUUAUGUGGAGGAGUGGUAGGUGCCGUUAUUUUUAGAAUAGAAUAGAAUUUUUUAUUGGCCAAGUGUGAUUGGACACACAAGGAACUAGUCUUGGUGCAUAUGAUCUCAGUAUACAUAAAAGAAAAUAUACCUUCAUCAAGAAUUCUAAGGUGCCCUCUUUUUGACUCCUGCAGUAUACAGGUCCUCAAUGGAAGGCAGGAAUUGGGCUGCCCUGCACUAGAAGGUGUAUGCCUGUCAGAUGCUGAAGACAUACAAAAGCUGCUAUUCAGCCCUUCAUCCCAUCGCCUGGACAUAUUGGAAUGGAUCUGUGUCAGUGUGUACCCACCUCUUCGAGAGCAGUUUUCAUCUUUCAAUAAGGAAUCACAAUCAGGUUUAAAGAUAAAAGGAAUGGCGAAGCUGGGGUAUGACCUGAUGCUUUGUCGAGCUGAUGAUUUGGAUCUCAUUGAGGGAAAGGCCUGUGUUAAGAAGCAGCUCCACUUCCUGCAGCAGCUGGUGGCUGUCAUUCCAGCUCAAACUAACCUUAUGCUAUCAGACUCUAUAUCGGACUCCAGUAGUUAUUCCAGCAUAGAGGAAUCUUUCCAAGAAAUAGCUAGGAAGAAUGAAGAAUUCAUAAAGCAGGUUUUCUCCAGCCCCGAUCUGCAGGCAGUGCUGAAUCCAGAGAGUCAUCCCUGGAGCUCAGAUAUAAAGCCUCUCCUUUUGGGUGAAGAAAAACAAAAGAAAAGGGCCCUGCUGUCAAUGACUUCUCAUGAGAAAACUCUCUUGAAGGCAUCAGAGGAGCUGGAGGAGACAGCAGCAGCCUUGGAAAAUCUAAGAGCAGAGUGUUCUUUCCUCCAGGGGAGUCCCGCUGGUGUCGAUCCAUCCAACAACACUGCCACGGCUCUUCAGUCCCUCAAGUUGAUAGUUUCUGACUACAGCCAGCUGCUCACAGCCUUUGAACAAGUAUAUGAGAAUGAGCUGCAGAAGCAUUGUGAGCGUCCUGCUCCUAAACUGAGUCCUUGUGACCCCCUCUUCCAAGCUGUGCACCGCAAUCUGCUGCUGUGUAUACAGGAACUGCAAGGCCUGGCCCAGGUUACAAAAACCUCAGAAUGCAUUAUGGCAACAGUGCAACAGCGGCAUGAACAGAAAGUGUUCUGGAAUGGAAGCACUAUAGCCACGUUACCCUCAAAGCUUGAAGAAUUGCAGCAGAAAUACAAAACCAUCCAUGCCACCCUCAAAGACUCUCAGAGAUCCUAAAGAUGAAAGGACUGCAAAUUGUAGGUUAUUUUUGGAUGAAGGAAAAAUGUUUCUUCCUAGGAUGUAAAUGAAAACCUGAUUUUUUUCCCCCAAAUGUAAAUAUAUUUUCUGUAGUCUUCUGUGAAAAUUUAAAAAAAUAAAGUCUGUCUCCUUUAGGAUGAAUAUUCUCACUCACACUUCUU